ACUAGCGCUGCGCUGAGGUGGACUUCUUUUCCUCCUUUGCUUUGGAACCUGCGGUACAGGGGCUGUAGCUGGUGCUUAACGGUGAACGAACCUCCCAGACAACCGCUUGGACAACAUGAUGAUUCGGAUAGCUGCCUUCCUGGCCCUGCUGGUGGUCGCCUGCUCGGGAGAGAGCUGCACCGACCCAGUGAUCACUCCGUCGGCCUACACCACGUCCGAUGCUGUUAUCGCCUCUGAGACUGUCUUUAUCGUGGAGCUGAGUCUGACCUGUGCCAACGGAGCACAGAGUGUUACUUUGUAUGCUGAUGUCAACGGAAGACAGUUCCCUGUGACCAGAGGUCAGGAUGUUGGGAAGUACCAGGUGUCCUGGAGCCUUCCUCACAAACAGGCCAGCUCUGGAACGUACCAGGUUAAAUUCUUUGAUGAGGAGUCCUACAGUGCCCUCCGCAAGGCUCAGAGAAACAAUGAAGAUGUAAACGCCAUCCAGCCUCUCUUCUCUGUCAAUAUUGACCACAGGGGAGCCUGGAGCGGCCCUUGGGUAUCCACUGAGGUGGUGGCCGCCCUCAUCGGUAUCCUGGUCUACUACAUGGCCUUCAGUGCCAAGAGCACCAUCCAAGCAUAAGCAGAGCCACAGUCACCGGGUGGUAAACAGACUGAUUUGUGGUGGAUCGUUGAUUCACCAUCCAGUGUGGUGGCGAACCCACAAGGUUUUUUUUGCCACUUGAUCUGCCCUCAGAUGUGGAGUGAGAGGAGCCGUCUUUGUGCUGUUUUUUAUGCAGACCGUGUCUGUAUGUCAUCUGUUUUAUGACUUUACACGUUCUUCAGGCGUCCGCCCGUCAACAUGGAUGGGAUUUUGUAAUUUCCUUUUGGUCAAAGUAAACAAAAACAAACCUGGACCACAAAAAUAAAUAAGUAAAACCCA